AUGGUGUACGGUCUGAAAGUUGAGGACAAACUUGAAGGAGCCUCAAAUUUCACUUCUUGGGAUUUCAGAAUCCUUGUCACCCUCAAAGAAAAUGAUCUUGUGGAGUUUGUGCAAGGAGAGGAUCAACCUGUGCCUGAAGACAAAGAUGAAUUACUUCAGUUCAAGAAGAAUGUUGUCAAAGCCAAGAAGAUUCUGAUUGACACUGUGAAAGAUCAUCUUGUUCCUAUCAUCUCCAAGAUGUCUUCAGCCCAGGAUAUGUUCAAGGCUUUGGAAGGCAUGUAUGAGAUCAACAACACAAGUAGAGAUCUUGCAUUGAGGCAGCAACUUCAUCAAGUCAAGAUGGCAAAGGGAGAAUCAGUCAUCACCUACUUCAUGAAGAUUUCAGAAUUAAGAGAUCAUCUCAGCUCCAUUGGAGAUGAAGUUGUGGACAAGGAUCUUGUCAUGCUUGCAUUUAAAUGGUCUUCCUCACUCUUGGGAGCCAUUUAUUCAAGGCAUAAGUGGGAGAUCCAAAUUUCCCAAGUUUGA